AUGGGGUACAUGAACGACCCUCGUGGUUUACUGUUGACGACGUGCCCCAGCAGCAUCGACCACUACGUCCAGAACCUGACCUCCUCCUACUCCAACAAGAGCAACGAGUCCUCCGUGGUGGCCACCUCCGUCUUCAUGCUCGUCCUCGCCGCCGUUUUCUUCAACCUCAACCUCUUCAGCCGCGUCUCCAACACCAGCGCCGUCCUCAACCCCACCGCCCGCGCCAUCCUCAACUCCGCCCUCAACCUCUUCCUCCCCGUCAUGUCCUACCUCUUCUCCGAGGCCAAAAACACCCCCGACGGUGGCGCCGACCUCCCCGUGCGGGCUCGCCUCAUCCUCACGUGGAUGCUUCUCGUCGAGCUCCUCCGCAAGAAGGUGGAGGCCAUCCUGGUCACGGCCGGCAUGCAGCAGGGCUACUCUAACAUCAUCACCCACGCCAACGCCGUCGCCUGGCUCGGCUACCUCGUCUUCUUCAACCUCAAGGUGGCCGGCCGGGUGGCCGUGUUCGGCACGCUCUGGCUGCUCUGCGCCGCCAAGUUCGUGCAGAGGGUGGCCUUCACCGAGAUAGGGAAGCGUUCCUUGGCCUACGGCAAGAACGCUCGCCUCCUCUCCUCCUACAUGGCUGAAAUGGUCAAGGACCCGCGGCAUGGCGGCACCGCCGCCCAGGACCAGGACCUCUCUCCGUCGCAGAGGAUGAAGACGUGCAAGUACGUCGUCAUGGGAGAAGAGAACCUUAUGCGGAAGCCCGGCCCGCAUGGCUACGAGCUCGACCUCGACAGGCUCAACACCACCUACGACGACGGCGACCACAUCGUCACCGUCGGGAAAAUAUGGGAACUCGUUGAGCAGGAGAAGAAGCCGAGGCUCAAAAGGCUCCAGAGGCUAAGCCUCUCCUUCGCGCUCUUCAAGCUGCUGCGGCCUAGGUUUGAGCUCCGGCCGGCCAUGACCAAGCAAGAAACGGACCACUGCCGGGACCUCAUCUUCCAAGGCCUGUGCAGAGUCGACGACGGCGACGUCGACCCAGGGGUGGCACUGUUCCAGGUGCUCAAGGACGAGAUCAGCUUCCUGAGUGAGUACUACCACUCUGUCCACCCGGUGGUGCUGGCGAGCCCCUACUUCUUCGUGAUCAACUACAUCACCUUCCCGGUGGUGGUGAUGGUCCUCUGCUUCAUGACCAUCGCCCUCGCGGGCAACGGCGACAUGCUCUUGGCGUUUCACAGCGUCGGGGAAGACAACUACGCCAUAUCGUCGGGCAUAUUCACGUUGACCAAGUGCCUGUGGAAGAACUUUCUCCGGAAACCCGUGGCCUUCUUCGCCAUCAUCGACAUCUCCAUCACCUACCUCCUGUUCAUCGCUUUCGUCUACGAGGAGGUGUGGGAGUACAUGGUCUUUGUCUUCUCCAACUGGUUCAUGGUGUCGCUGCUCUGCACGCACACCGCAAGGCGACGCUGGCAGGAAAGUAAGACCUACCGUGGCACUCUCCGCUGCAUCGCCUGGAUCAGUAGCAAGCUGAGCCACCCUAGCCGUGUCACCCUCAAGCAGUUCUCCGUGCUGAGGGUUAGCUGGCUCUCCAUGACUCUGCCCACCACGUCUCUACCAACGCAAGCAAAGAGGUCCAUAAUGGAACGCUUCGGGUCGGCGGCAUACGGCCGCGAUGGUUUGCCGGGAAAUACAUACUAUACUCCAUGCAGCAACGGUACUCACCAACGGUACUCACGCUUGUCAUGGUUCUGCGAGACUGAAAGUGUCGCAGAGGUCAUCAUCACCUGGCACAUUGCCACCAGCCUCUUGGAGACGACGUAUCCAGGCCCUCGCAAAGGAGGGACAUCGCCGACGGAUCACCAUAGGGCGGUGGCGACAAAACUGUCCAAGUAUUGUUCUUACCUCGUGGUCUUCCACCCGGAGCUGCUACCGGAUGACCGGGAGUGCACAGAGCGCGUGUACGAGGACAUGAAGACCGGUCUCGAGGAGGCGCUCGGGAGUUGGAACUACUACUUAGGGCCGGAGAACGCGCGGUAG